AUGUCAGCAUCAGGAUCACGUGGUCGAGGUCGUGGUAAAAGGUUUAGUCGGCCAGCUACAGGCCCUCCAGAACCCUAUCGAUCUCAAUCGAUGGCUAUUAUACCUGAGAAAUUCCAUCAACUAAAUAUAGAUAAUAAUAUUCCUAGUCGUCCUCCAUCACUCUCUACCACUACUACUACUACCACCUCUUCAGGACGUAAAUCAAAUGGAGAGCAACGUAAAUCUACGUCACGUUCUUCGAAUGGUCGUGCUAAAUCAACACGACCUUUUCGAGAAACUAUUCGUUCAGCUGUACCAGAUUCAGCAAUAGUCACAUUUGCUAGACGGCCAGAUCAAGGUGGAAGUGCGGGUUAUAAAUUAAAAGUAAAUACAAAUCAUUUCAAAUGUAAUAUACCUCAAACAUUACAUUGUCAUCAAUAUGAUAUUGAAUUGCAAACAGCUAAUCGAGAUGGUACAUGGCGUCCAUCGAAAAAAGAUGAUCGUUUUGUUGUUUUAAGAAAAAUAAUUGAACGUGAAAAUUUUCCAUUAGUUUGGUAUGAUGAAGGCAAAAGUCUUUAUUCAAUUGAGUUACUUGUGGGUUUAAAAGAUCAAUAUGAAAUAACUAUAAAAGAUAAAAAAAGUGAUCGAGAACAAACAUAUCGUUUAUUAAUUAUUAAUCUAGUUAAAUCAUAUGAUAUACAGGUUCUUUGGGAUUUUAUUGAGAAUAAAAUUGCUAUUCGUCCUAGAGAUCCAAUUCGAAUUCUUGAAACACUUCUUAAACAAACAACUCGUGCAACAAUGGUUUCCGUCAAAAAUCAAUUCUAUGAUCGACGACAAACAUUAGAUGAUUUAGGUGAUGGUCGAGGUUUAGCUGGUGGAUUUUAUCAAGCAAUGUUUUUAACGAAACUCGGUGCUACAAUAAAUAUUAAUUCUACAUUCACUUGUUUUUAUCAACCAUUCAAUUUAGUUCAUUUUCUUUGUGAAUAUCUUCAACAUGAUAUUGUUCGUGAUGGUAUUAAUGACCGUGAACAACAAUUAUUAUUACGAAAAGUUCUUAAACCUAUAUGGCUUGAAACUCAUCAUGGUGAAAAUAUUCGAAAAUAUCGUAUACGUGGUUUUGGUGCAUCCGCUCGUCAACAUACAUUUGCACGUGUUGUUGAUGGUAAUAGUGAUGAUAGUCAAGAACGACAAUCAGUCUAUGAUUAUUUUGUUGAAAAAUAUAAUAUACAAUUAGAAUUUCCAAAUUUACCUACCGUUGAAUUAUAUACACCUCCGAAUAAAACACAAUUUCAUUAUUUACCUAUGGAAUGUUGUACAAUACAAGCAUGGCAACGUUCAAUAAAACCAUUAACUACCGAUCAACGUGCUCGUGUAACUAAAAAAACAGUUGUUAAUCCAACUCAUCGUUAUCAAGCAAUUAUGGAUAUAGUUAAAACACGAAAAUUUAAUGAAGAUAAAUAUGUUAAUGAAAUAGGAAUGAGUAUUGUCGAUGAUCAAAUGGUAACUGUAUCAGCAAGAUGUAUUGCACCACCUGAAAUAAAAUAUAAAAGUGGACGAGAUGGACAAAGUGAUAUUGUUGAAAGAAUUAAUAUUGGAAAAUGGAAUUUGAGAAAUCGUUUUCAAACAACAAAAACGAUUAAUCGUUGGGCAUGUGUUAUGGUUUCAUCUCAAAAACCAAAUCAAAAUCAAUUAUCAAUAGCAAAACAAUUCAUUGAUCAAUUUCCUCUUAUUAUUUCACAAUAUGGAAUUUAUUUUAAUUCAAGUCCAAUUAUGAAUAGUGAUCCAGCUAAUCCUGAAACAAUACAUAAUCGUUUACAAGAAUUAAAAGAACAAAAUUGUGAAGUUGUAGUUUUUAUUCUUAAUGGUGUCGGUGAAGAUAUCUAUAAACUAAUAAAAUAUUUUGGUAAUCAAAAACUUGGUAUCGUUACACAAUGUACAGAUUUUGUUGCGAUUGCAAAAAAUAUUCGAAGUAAAAAACUUGAUAUGUAUUUACAAAAUCUUGUACAAAAAUUUAAUGCAAAACUCGGUGGUGUUAAUGGUAUGGUAUCAUUAGCUCGAGCAUUGACAUCAUCUUCAACGAAAGAUGAUGUUUUUAUGUUUUUCGGUGCUGAUGUUACACAUAUAACAUGUUCAAGAGAAAAACCAUCUAUAGCUGCUAUAGUUGGUUCAGUUGAUUCAACAAGUACUCAAUAUGCAUCAAGAGUUGGUGAACAGUAUCCUGCUCGAGGAAAAAUUUCAUUGGAAAUAAUUAAAGAUUUAUAUCAAAUGUCAACUGAUUUAUUAAAAUUAUUUGCACAACGUAACCACUGUUUUCCAAAUAAAAUUGUUUUUUAUCGUGAUGGUGUUGAUGAUGGACAUUUUCAAAAAGUACUUGAUAAUGAAAUACGAGCAUUACAAAAUGCUUGUAAAGCACUUUAUUUGAAUAAUCCAUUACCAAAAAUUACAUUUAUUAUUGUUAAAAAACGUCACAAUACACGAUUUUUUAUUCGAGAUCCUCAAACAGGAAAUAUGAAUAAUGUACAACCCGGUACUAUUAUUGAUACGGAUAUUGUUCAUCCACAAGGUUUUGAUUUUUAUUUAAAUAGUCAUGCUGCUAUACAAGGUACAUCGAGACCGAUCUUAUAUCAUGUUUUAUAUGAUGAAAUUGGUUUUUCAUCGGAUGAAAUACAAUCUUUAACUUAUUAUCUAUGUCAUUCGGAUGUUCGAUGUACCAAAGCAGUAUCGGUACCAGCCCCGGUUCAUUAUGCACAUUUAGCUGCAUAUCAAUCAAGAGAUGCUGAUAGUUUUGAUAAUGAUCGAAGUACUACCGAUGAUUUUGAUGAUAAUGAUUUAGUUGAAAAUGUUGGUGCAGUAACAUUACAAGAAGUUGAAACAAGACUUAUUCAACUUGAUCCUACUAUUCAAGAUACGAUGUGGUAUGUAUGA